CGGCACUCCAUCUUACCUGCUUUGUCCAUUGAUGGCAUCAUUGUAAUGGAUAUUUUUGUCAGGUCUGUAAACACAGACAGGUUCUUGGAUUUUCUUCGUGAGCAAGUGGCCCCCCAACUGAAUCCAUACUCUGGAAGAAGAAGUGUGGUGGUGCUUGACAAUUGCUUCAUCAAUCAUGAUGAAGAAAUUCAUCAGCUAAUUGUUGAAAAAUGUGGU